GUAGAUAAAUCGUGUGAUAGAAAAGACAGACACCCAAGGUCAUAACACAUAUGAAGAUUUGAAAACGAUUUAAUAUUUAUCUGACAUCACAAUAUGAUUUUUAAAAUCCAAUUUCAUAAAUGAAAGAGUACAGAGGUGCAUGGAUCUUUAAUUUUGUGAUAGAUUGUUCUUCACUUUUAAUAAAAGUUUCCUGGUCUUCUGAAUAGAAAAGCGCCUAUUAUUAGUAAAUACCACGGGCUUAUUACAACUGAGAAAGAUACAGUAGAUAAAAUAGCUUGUCAAUUUUGUGGCUUAACAGUCGGACAUUUGAGAAUAGCCGAAAUAGUUGAACAGUAUCAGACUUUGAAAACCAAGAAGAAGCAAGCAUCUGCUUCACUUCGUUUGUCAAUCCUUUAUAAUCCUGGAACUAGGAGUCCGCAUGGGUUUGAGUUUAAGAACCACUGUUUUUGUGAUGAAUACAACUUUGUUAACCAUUGAUUUAGGAUUCAUUAGUUCAUCAUAACUUCAACGAAUUUCUCAUAUGAUGCAUUCUUUAUCAUUGGUUAAUCACUGUUUUUGUCCCAUCAGUCUAACUUCAGUAUAAUAGGGUCAAUUACAAGAAUAUGCAGUAACGUAACAAUAUUAUCUCACACUUGUCUCUAAAGUAUAAACCUCCGUCCUCUCUAUUAGUGGGCACUGUCAAGAUAUUCCAUGCUAAGCCAAAACAGCUGCCAAGUGUUCCCUGAUAUGUAAUGACUUUUUGACCAGAGUUUGUUCGCAGUUAAAACUAUUCUUAAGCUAUAUUAGUUCUCACAAAACACCCGAAUAAAUACAUCGAUAAAACUGUAGAGCCUGAUGAUGAAGUUAGUGAAAACAAUUGUUCGCUCAAAUUUUCUUAAUUUUUGAACAUCAGUAACUUUAAUUUAUCUCAUUUUCAUUUACUAUCACAUUAGUACGUAAAUUAGUAUCUGGUUAAUCAGUGAAAAAUGUAAAUAUAUAUGUUAGAUGUUAUACUGUUCAUCUUUUUAUGGUGCAUUUGAAGGCUGUUUGUCAGUUUAAUGAAUUUCUAUUCUUUGAUUUUGCAAGCAUUGAAAUUCGUGAACUUGAAAGCAAACUACGAAGUGCUUAUGUAGCUAAAGAACAACUAGCACAAAUGGCCGAAAAACGUGCUCUUGCUUAUGACUUGAUGACUGAAGAAGCUUUACAAGCUCAUCGUUUAAAUUCACAACUUGGUGAUGAUUUAAUUAGAGCUGAACAAGAAGAAACUCGUAGAAAACAAUCACAAAUUCAACUUCGAAAUGAAUUAGACACACAAAUAAUGGAACAAGUAGAAUUACGAAAAAAGGUUUAUCAAGAAUUUUUACAUGAUAAACAAAUGGUUGAUGAAGUUGUCAAGCGAAUAAAAGAAGAAGAUGAAUAUGAACAGCAAAAACGCCAAAAAAGAAAAGAAUUAAUUCGUCAAGAAAUUAAUCAAUAUCAAAAGGAACGUGAAGAACAUAUAAAAGCUGAAAAAGAAAGUCUUCAAAAAGAAUUGGAAGCAGUUAAUGCAUAUACUGCUAAGAAAGAUAAUGAAGAACAGUUAAUUAAAGCAGCACUUAAAUCAAGACAAGAACAUAUUGAAAAGUUACAAGAUGAACUAGGCAAAAGUCUGUUAGAAAAAGAAAAAGAACGCAGAGAACUCGAAGAAAUACGUCAAACAUUAAUUUUGGAAGAAAAUGACAAAAAGAUUAGAGAAGAACGAGAAAAUCAAUGGAUAACAAAGUUGACUAAUCAACGGAAACUCUAUGAAGAUUAUAAAGAACAACUUUUAUUGAAAGAAAAACAAAAGCAGAUUGAAAAACAAGAAGCUUUACAGAUUCGAAAUUAUAUGUUAGCUAAAUUUAAAGAAGACGAACGUUUAGAACAAGCAGAAUUAGAAAAACGUCAUCUUAAACGAAUGGAAUACGCUAAUGAAGCACAUAAAUUGUUAAUUGAAAAACGUCAACGUAUAAUGCAAGAGUAUGAACAGGCGAAAAAAGAGCUAAAUGCAGAAAAACAACGCAUUUCAGAAGAAAAACGAAUUGUGGAAGAGGAAAGACAACAUUUACUAAGACAACAUGCAAAUAAUUUAUGGAAUCAUUUGCCCAAAGGUAUUUUCCGAUCAAAGGAAGAAUAUGAAUCCCUUAAACAUUUAAAUUGUGAAAAAUAAGUGUAUUUACUUUCUUCAAACUAAGAAAUCCUAUCCCACAUUUAUCAUAAAAUACUCGUGAUCUAUUAUUAGGGUUAUAUUUUAAUUAUGAUGCAUAAAUUUCGAUAUUCAAUAAUAAAUUAUUUAUACACACAAUUUUUCAUGAUAUUGUGUUUCAUCCUAGCUUACAACAAAUUAGAAGUUUAAUAAAAUCUUGAACAUUUCAAUACGAUAUACACUGUCA